AUGACUAUUAAAGAUUCUCAAUUUUCCACUGAUCUUAAAUAGUCUUUCACUGAUAACGGAAAAAGAGAUUUGCCUGAUGACCUAAAUAAAUAUAAUAAAAUUAGAUAGUCUCAAAAUGGUGGGGGCGAUUCCUCAAAUAAUCUAGUCGAUGAUUCUUAGUCUAAACCCAAAAUCUUUAACGAAAGUAUUAAGUCUGGGUACCAGAGCACCACCUCUAAUAAAAUUAAUUUUAAGAAUAAAUAGAGUUAUGAUCUAAAUGAAUCUUAACUUAGUAUGAUUAGUAAAAGUUAGAUCUCGCACUCUAAGGAUUCUUAUACAGAGAAAAAUUUUAUACUGCCUGAGCUAUCAUAGAGUAAAGCCUAACUUGGGAAAAAAUCAGAUUCAAUUUAUGAAUAAAGUUUCAAGAAAGAGGAUAAUUCUAUGGCGAAUCGCAAUGUAAUCAUCAGUUAAAUAGAUAGCAUUGAUAAUUAUGCAGAUGACUAAUUUUGCGAGCCUACUAUUGAAUAGAAUUCUACUUCAAAAAUGACAUAAAAGUUGCCCGAAACAUCUUAAAGUCUAUUGAUAGAUAAAACAAAACAAAUGAAUGUUUUAGAGGCUAAAUCACCUUAAGUGACAUUAAAAUAAUAAAACUCAUUGAUUAAUAAUAAAGAAGAGAUAGCAAGGAAAGAUAUAGAUAGCAAUAAGCAUGAUUAAGUGAUUUCUAUUGACAAUGUGAUGAAUUAAGCAAAUAAAAUCAGUACUGAAUAAGUAUCUUUGAUCUAAUCGGAAUUGACUUCGAUAAAAAAGACUACAACUGAAAAUCAAUAUCUUGAAGAUGGCUUUGAAGCUGAGGAAGAUAUUGAGGAAGAGAUCUGA